GACUAUAAUCAUGAGAACUUCUGUGAUGGAAUGGACGCGCACACACCAUACAGCAGAGAAACAUGCAGGCCGUGGGUGUGACUGUGACCCCAUCAUGGGGAUUGCGGGGAGAUCUAACAUUAUGUGCACUGCGUGCAAGAUAAAAGACAAAUAACCAAGCAGCUACAGUAUAAUUACCCCGCACAAUGCAUGCAGCAAUGCACGGUGACGGGAGAAACAGAGAUGUGGGAAGAGGAGACAUCAGGGCCAGGGAGAGCCAUGGAGGAGCAGGAGACUGCUAGGGAAAGUGAUUAGAAUGAAAUGUUAAAGAAGAGUCCCUGAGCCAGAUGAGGGAGACAUGCAGCGCCUGGGAGCCUUCACGCAGCAGCAGCAGCCUUCGUCCGGGCGGUGCCAGAGACAGGCAGCAGGAGAGGGCGGAGCAGACACCGGACCGGAGCCUCGCACACGCACAUACAUGUUAUACGCUGCAACCGGGGAUCCCAGCAUAAUGACCAUGGCGCAGCGCUAGCAGCCUGGAAGACGGCACCAAUCCCCCCCUCCUGUGUGCGAGCAGUCGCGGCCACUGCCAUUGCUGGACAAUAGGAGCAUUGCUGCACCGGGGAGAGCCAGGCCAGGACACCAAUGACAGUGCAUGCCAGAUGCACAAAUCCCAGGGGUGUAUUUUGACAGCCAGAUAUAUUUUGUGGAUCCAUAAUAAGACAAGGGGGACGCAGUAAGAUGAUCCUGCAUGUAUUUCCUUUGUGAUGGACAGAACAUUCAGCAAUGUCAUGUAAACACUAGUAGUGUGUGGACCAAAAUCAGCAGUGGGACAAAAUGGAGGACCUCUAUAAGGAAACACCAGACCUACAAAUGGAUUUAAACAACACUUCGUCCACUAUUCCAAACAAACUUGAAAAUGGAGUUGCCCAAUUGAUUACUGCAGAAGCAUGGAAUAUUAAUCCCUCAGGUCUGAUGAAAAAAGCUCUCUCCCCUCUUGUGACUGUCCCUGCAGCACCUGUUCUUAGUCCUUCAUCCGACUCCCAGAGUGGGGUAGCACUGAAAGUGGCUGCAACUGUGCUUCAACCAAUUUGCCUGGGAGAGAACCCUGUUGUACUACCAAUACACUGGCAAGUUGCAGGCAGCACACCACCGCAAAUGAGCACAAACAGCAGUAGCACCCCCUAUGUUAUAACUACACAAGGUCCUGUACCGCUGCCUGUGCUUUUGGAGCAACAUGUUUUUCAACAUUUGAACUCUCCACUGAUGUUACCCCAAGGCCCUCCCUGCCCUGGCACUACCAUUCAGAACCACAUAUUCCCAGGAACUGCUGCUACUAUUGGACAACCACAAAUUUUAGACCAGAAGACUCCUAACCCUGUACAAGAAUCUGUUUUACCACCAGUUUUUCAAACACCUGGGUUUUCUGCUGUAUUACAGGAUUUAUUUCCAUCACCAAACAGCUUAGGCAACCCUUCACCAUGCCAUGUAUCUCCAGAUUAUGUGUCUGCCAAUGCCCACUCUGUUCCUUCUCAAGUCUUUAACUCACCUUUAUCGCCACUGGUUCCCCCGGCUACCCUCCUGGUGCCAUAUCCAGUCAUUGUCCCAUUGCCAGUACCUGUGCCUAUUCCCAUACCUAUUCCAAUACCCAUGCCACAGACUGAAUGUAAAGAAAAUCUAGAACAUCCAAAGCCUACAGUACAAAUCCCAAAGAUCUGCAAGGCCACCCAAACUCCUUUGGAGAAAGAAGUGAAACCUUUUGAAUUUACAGCAAAAACUGAAUUUACGCAAUUUAAUCGACACUCAGUCAUUAAAAUAAAUAAUGAAAAUGAAGCACUGGAUCUUUCCAUGAAAAAUGAGCCACUAGAUAAAAACAAUGAUGUAAGUAGUGUAGUGCUUCAAGAAGAUGGUGUCUUAGAUCUGUCAGUACCUGUGUACAAGAGAUUCGGUAAUACAAGUACUCUCGUUGGCACAUCGGUGCCAUGUGGGUCCAUGAGUGACCCUUUAAGUCAUUCCUUAGCUAAGAAUUUCCCUGCUGCUCCAUUUAGUCCACCCCUGGUCCAUCAUGAGCAGACACAAAAGCAGGACAGUAGAGUCAUCUGUACGAAUCCAGCUGAACUGAUACGGCAACAAAAAUGGGUUUCUGAACAAAGCAGCAGAACUGGUUACGAGCCUAAAGCCUCCAAUAACAUUGAGCUUGUGAGUAGCUCUCAAACAGCAAAAGUCAUAGUCUCUGUGAAAGAUGCUGUACCUGCCAUAUUCUGUGGCAAAAUAAAAGGACUUUCUGGUGUCUCAACAAAAAACUUUUCUAUUAAGAGAGACCUGCCACAGGACUCUGCGAUGCAGAACUAUGAUGUAAAGAGUCAGUCAGAGGGGAGAGAUAAUGGUGAUGCUUUACGAAAGCCAAUCAAAAACAGAAAUGUGAAGUUAAAGAAAAUGAAUUCCCAAGAGAUACACAUCCUACCAAUUAAAAAGCAAAGACUAGCAGCUUUUUUCCCAAGGAAAUAAUGUUUCUCGGCUUGCCAAGUUUAAGACCAAAUAUUUAAAAUAAAUUAGACUGUGACAGAGAAAAAAAUGUUUUAAAUUGAGCAAGAAAUGUAUUUUAUGGAAAUGAGAGAAAAGGAUUCUGGGGAUCAGCUUAAGUUAUGCCUUUGUGCUGAAUCUGGGACUGCAAAGAAGCAGCAUUUUUCUGUUUAUCAAUUAUAUUACAUUUUCUAAAGGUACUAGGUACUCGAGCAGCAACUGAGUACUUUAGCCUUUAAAAAUGUACUUUGUAAUUUAUUAUAUUUGGAAGGUAAAUAAAUAAUUACAUACUAGGUUUUUUGUAACUUGUAAUGGAAAUGGCCACAAAACAACUAUUUUUAAGCAGAUUGCACAUUUUAUGCAGCUUUUACUAGUGGUGGACUGGCCAGAGCUGUUUUUACUGCCAAGAUCGGCUUAUAUGCUGUUUUUAAUAUUAACAGCUACAUUGCAUAUUUAAAAUAAAUGUUCGUAUGUGUUAAUGA